AUGAAGUUCAUCUUUCUCGACCACCGUCAACAGGACAAGAAGACAGAACUCGCCCGCUUGCGGGACCUGGCGAUUGACAAACCAAACGAUGGCACCAGCGACCUGUGGCAAUACAUUUUCAGCAGUACCUUUCGCGGGGAAAGGUGGCGUGUCGAGACAGACGGCUCUACCCUCAUAAAUAAAGAAAAUAAUAGUAUCGAAAUCCGCGUGUACAGAUCUACACAGAGCACAGAGCCCGGCCCUUUCCUCGUGUGGCGCGGGCGUCAGCCAAAGCGGGACUUCGAAAACCGGGACGACAUCGAAGGCGACCUCAGAAAGCAGGCCCUCGGCGCUGGACUGCUUCAGCUUAAGUAUUAUCCGGAAAGACAUUCGAUCUGGAUCAUGACGAGCAUAGGAGCCAGCGCCAAACUGUGGGUGCUUCGGUCACGCACAAGCAACGAGCCCACUCCGGAGCUCACUCCGGUCUGGCCUGAUGAAGUGCCGGUGCUGGGGUCAAAGCCACUGACUUGCCUGCACAACCCCCAGAAUCCCAUUGGUGUACCCUUUUGGGGACCUGGUUCUCGAUAUAUCGAGGAGGAGGAAAUGAUCCAUGGGCCUAUCACUUCAGAGGGCCUCGGCCGGAUUCCGGAAUGGAACUCUUCACAGCAGCGGGCUGUUCACGUGAUGCGCGCUGGUCGGGAGCUGUUUGGACCUGAAGAUGCUGUAGGCCAUGGUCGAGAACUAGAGUAUAGAUGGAGUCAGAUCGGGUGUCAUGAUCUCCACGAAGUACACCCCGUGCCGAAUGCCUACAAUGACAUCAAGACCUACCCGGGACACUACGAGGAUAUUUUGGCACACAUUAAGAAAAACCCGGACGCCAAAUUCUUUGUACAGACCUAG